AAAAUGAGGAGUGAAAGAAAAGGAGGAAGGAUUGGAGCAUUAUUCAGGAAGGCUGCUGAGUUCAGAAGCGCACACUCUGUUUGAUGCUGCUGGGAGGUGCAACUUAUUCUCCUUAUUGUGCUGGCAUUCCCACAUUGCCUUCCAUUUUGUUUGCCUAGCUUGGACUGCAUCUUAUUUCUAACAGAGAGUUGGCAUACAUAAGAUUUUAUCAUCAUCAUCUUACAGACACCUGGGGGCGGUUCACAUCUGGGCAUCAACAAGUAAGGACCAGUCCAACUAAGAUGAAAGAAGAAGGAGUAUGCCCUGACUCCCCUGAAGGCAGCAUGGUAACCAGCGAGGAAGAGGCUGAUCGCCAACAGAGGAAGGCUAUACGUAAGCGUACGAUUCUGGUGGGCAAACCAAGUGAGGGCAGAGUGCCCCUUUCACCUCCGUGCAAGCGCAAUAAGAGGAGCCCUCAUAUAGAAACCUUUGAGGAUGUACACACUCAGAGAAUCAUUGCCAACGUGAGGGAGCGGCAGCGUACCCAGUCCCUGAAUGAUGCCUUUGCAGAGCUGAGGAAGAUCAUUCCCACCUUGCCAUCCGAUAAACUCAGCAAGAUACAGACCCUGAAGCUGGCUUCACGUUAUAUUGAUUUCCUCUACCAGGUCUUGCAGAGCGAUGAGCUGGACCACAAGAUAGCCAGUUGCAACUACCUUGCUCAUGAGAGGCUCAGCUAUGCCUUUUCUGUCUGGAGAAUGGAAGGUGCAUGGUCCAUGUCAACCACUCACUGAUCCCUCAGCUGGUGCCCCUCCUGCCUGCCAUUUCAGAAGACUUUUCAAGAAGAGUGGAUUUCAAAAGGACGGCUAGAAAUGGUUAACUCCCCUGCUUUGUGGCUCCACGGUCUGAUGUUCCUACCCAACGAGAUGGAAGAUUGUUAUCUAAAUGAUAAGAAGCUAAAAUCAUUUUCAGAUGGAAUCCACCCGAUGCCAAGAAACCAAAAACAGUUGAAGAUACCUAAGCAAAUAAGCACAAACAAUGCCAUGACUUUAUCAGCUGUGAGAGUCUCAUCACGAGCAUGGAUAUUUAACCUUGUAACUUGUCUAAGCCCUGUGGAGAAUAUUUAUUCAGGAAAAGCUGAAGAUCCUUGCAGACAAUAAUUGAUUUUUGUUUCUUUUUUUUUUCCUUGGCCUCAUAUCGCCAGCCUUAUCACUUCCAAUUCGCUAUGCACUUCUAAACCCAGGCACUUUGUUUGUAGGACAAACUGGCAUAACUAUUGCCCAAUAAGUGUUCUUAAGUUGUGGCUUUCUCAGAUAUAACUGCUUCCAUAUCAGAGGGAUGUUAAAUCAGUUGCCAAAGCGCAAAAUGCAUGGUCAGACCCCCGAAUGCAAUGGCACCUUCUUCUGUAGGGAGCAGACGUUUUCUUAGUACUAACUUUUAAAUGUCAUUUCAUAAAUCACUUUUAAAUAUGGCACAAGUAGAGUAAUCUCUCCUCCAUCAAACUAAGUAACACACUAAAAUGAAAUGCUCCUAUAAUCAAAGACAUGAUUACCAAUAUGUAAUUAGUUAUUAAAGAUUAGCCAUAGUUUGGGUCUCCUCACGUGUUCUUGGACUGAAAAACAAUAUACUGGGCUAAUGUGGCCGUAGCUUAGAAUCCAAAGAUGUAUCUUCUAGGGGGCAUCAGUUGCAGCGCCAUGGCACAAGAAGAAUACAAGGACUAUGCCAAGGAUCUGUUAAGUGACAAGGUUGACUGGAUGCAGAUAAACAGGGAGGAAUGGGUGUUCUGCUUAAAAUUCAGCAUGAGUUAUCUGUGAAAAUCUUUUUAUACUGUUUCUGGAAGAUGUAAAUAUGCAAAAAUAUACUGAGCUAAAUGACUAGAA